AUCGCAGUUAACCACAUUGCGACCAUCUUCAACGACUCUCAUCGUACAUUGCAUCUGAGCGUUCGCCGGUAUUAUACACAGCGGGAUCCGACCGCUAGUCACCCAACCCUAGCCUGUGACAAGCCUCAAACUGCGCACACAUAACCCGUCGACAGCUACUACGAUGACCCAGACGACGCUCCUGCAGUACGAGGCGCCUUGGCCCGUGUACGCUCUGGACUGGUGCAAAACUUCCUCCCCAGGACAGCAGCUGCGACCGCGCUCAGCAUUCCGGCUCGCCAUCGCCUCGCUGACGGAGGACUCGCGCAACCGCAUCGCCAUCGUCGGGCUGCAAGAUGAGCGCGUGCUCGUGGAGGACGACUAUACGGAUUAUCCGGACUUCGUGACGCUGGCGGAGGCGUCGCAUGGGCCGGGGUUCCCUGCGACGGCGCUGCAGUGGCAGCCGGCGUCCGCGGCGAGCUUUGCGUGGAACCAGAAGGCGCAGACUUCGGAGUUGCUGGCAACGACGGGGGAUUAUUUGCGGAUAUGGGAGUACUCGAGUGAUGUGCCGCCUCCUGCGUCUGCGUACGUCGGCCGGCAGGCGACGUCGAGCGGGCACCGGCUGGUGCUGAAGCAUACAUUGUCUGGGAAAACGCAGACGCCGAACCACGCGACGAACGCGCCGCUGACCAACUUUUCGUGGAACGAGAAGGCGCCGAGCCUCGUCGUCACGUCCUCGAUCGACACGACGUGCACGGUGUGGAACCUCGAGACGAACCUGGCGGUCACGCAGCUCAUCGCGCACGAUAGAGAGGUGUACGACGUCGCGUGGUUGCCGAACUCGACGGACAUAUUUGUGUCUGUUGGCGCAGACGGCAGCUUGCGUGCGUUUGAUCUGCGCAGUUUGGAGCAUUCGACGAUUCUGUAUGAGACCCCGGCGCCGAAGAACGUACCGCCGCCGUCUGCUUCGCCGUCCUCCUCUGCACGACCGCCGACGUCUCCUCUGCUGCGCAUCGCGUUCAACCCUGCAGACUCGAAUUACAUGUCCACUUUCCAUAUGGAUGGUUCGGACGUGCAGAUACUGGAUAUGCGGAGUCCUGGCCAGCCCGUUAUGGAACUGAAAGCUCAUAGGGCACCAGUAAAUGCGCUUGGCUGGAGCUCAACGAGUACUCCGCUCUUGGCGACUGCAGGCGAUGACUGCCAAGUAUUGCUUUGGGACCUCGCUCCCCAUACCCAGAUACCCUCCUCAUCGCCACGGAAUGCCAGCUCUGGAUUGAGCUCACCACGGCCAGACGUCAAGAAGCGUAUCGUCACCGAUCCCGUCAUGGCUUAUACUGGGCCAAGCGAGAUGACCAACCUCGCCUGGUCACCGCAGAUUUCAGGGAUGACGAUGAACACCGGGCACUCGACUGCGCCUGGAGAGUGGCUCGCUAUCGCGAUGGGCAAAUCUAUCAAGGUGUUGAAGGUGUAGGUGUAUAUGGAGUCCGACUGCCCGGACUCGGACUUUGCAGGCGCAACGUGAUGCGACUUGGUGCUGUGCCUGGGGCUAUACGUUACCCGCUUAAGACGAAAAUACGGUCUUGGGAUGACAUGGAGCUCAAAUUUGCUAGAUGCAGGCACGGCCGUAUCACAGCCAGCGGCACGAUAAGUACGGCUGGUUCAAUAUGGUUUGAAAGUGCGGGCGCGCAAGGUCCGCGUGAUAUACGCCGCUUUCUCAAUCGAGUGAAACGCAUCACCACCGGCCAAGCUCCCCGCAUACCGUGGACACUGACUCUCAUCCCAACGUCUUGCCUUUCCUCAUAUCUAGUGUACCGUACAUGUCUCAUUGUUGCAUGCGGGCCAUCAAAUUGAAUGCAGCUAUCUUGCCAGUCAGGAAAUUGUUUUGCCUCUAUGUCGUGCCGGCAAUUGAUAACAGGAUAUGACGCCCGUC